AUGGAGAAGGCAGGGCACGAGCAUGUGAUCGGCAUCCCGGUUAACAACAGGGCGUUCGGCAUUGAGGAGCCGGAUUUCCCCAGCAAUGGCGCCGCCAAGAGCGCAACCGCCGCGGGCGGACGGGCUGCAAAGUUCGGCCGGACCGGGGACAGGGUCGCCCAAGGCCUGAAAGAACAUGUGACUCUGGGGCCAAAGCUGUACGAGACCGUGAAGGGCAAGCUGUCGCUGGGGGCAAGGAUCCUGCAGGCCGGCGGCGUGGAGAAGGUGUUCCGGCGGUGGUUCUCCGCCGACAAGGGCGAGAAGCUCCUCAGGGCCUCGCAGUGCUACCUGUCGACCACGGCCGGGCCGAUCGCCGGCAUGCUCUUCGUGUCCACGGAGCGGAUCGCGUUCCGGAGCGACCGCUCGCUGGCCCUGACUUCUCCCAACGGCGAUACGACGGUGCGGGUGCCGUACAAGGUGGCCAUCCCGCUGAGGAGGGUCAAGACGGCCAAGCCCAGCGAGAACAAGGACCGGCCGGAGCAGAAGUACGUGCAGGUCGUCACGGACGAUGGCUUCGAGUUCUGGUUCAUGGGCUUCGUCAGGUACCAGGUGUCCCUGCAGGAGCUGGAGAAGGCCAUCGCCGCGCAGUCGUCGCAAUGA